AUGAUCGCCCUCUCUCUGGUCCACAUUCUCUACCUCCUCACCGCAAUCACUCCUACCCUGGGUGCCUCCAUCCCCUCCCACCCCGGAAAGCCAACCGUCUACCUGAUCCGUCAUGGGGAGAAGCCUCCGGACCCCAGCGACAGCGGUCUCAACGCCGAUGGCUUCAAACGCGCCGAAUGUCUUCGUUCCGUCUUCGGCGCGAAUUCACCCUAUAAUAUCGGACAUAUCAUGGCACCGCACAUCAAUCUCCGUAAGCUUCUGAUAAACCGCAGCUCCCCUACCUAUUGGUUGGCACAGGCGUUGUUGAUCCAGAAUACUACAGUUGGCCAACACCGUCGUUCCUACGAGACCGUCCUCCCUCUCGCUGCCGACCUCUCUCUGCCCAUCGACACAUCAUGCAAGCGUAACCACGUGAGGUGUGUGGCGCGGAAGAUCCGUGGCUACCGGGGACUCGGGAACAUUUUGAUCUCAUGGCGACAUGGCAAGAUGGCCGAGAUCGUCAGCGCCUUGGGCUCGGAGAAUCCACCCGUCUACCCUGAAGAGCGGUUUGAUCUGAUCUGGACGAUUCCGUGGCCUUUCGACAAUGUAACAAGGAUUGAGAGUGAGGGGUGUUUUGGGUUAGAUGACAGGGUAUCCGGAUCUGAGUCUCUGAAUGUGAAAGAACUGGUGGUGCAGUCUUUAAUUGGAGACCUCUGGACAGCCUGCUGGUUUUUGUCUCUCGCAGAAAUGGAUGACAUCGAGGAACGGCUGCGAGACCACGCCCAGGCCUUCGAUGGUCUGUUGUCGCUAAUUCCGGCAAAAAAUUACUAUGGUGAAGAUGGCAGUGACCAAUGGCAGAAGAAGAAGCAGACCAAGGAGCAAGCUCGCGAAGCGAAGCGGGCCAAGUUGGAUCCUGACAAUGUCAAGACGGCCAAGGAUGUGAUGGAUGAGAAUGCACGUAAGCGCAAGCGGAACGAAGAGCAAGCUGGGGAAGAAGCCGCGUCUGAGGACGGAGAACUUGGUUCUGAGAAGCCCAGAGAAGGUCUGAAACGAGGUGACGCGAAGGCCAAGAAGCAAAAACAGAUUGAAGGUCCAGCAGAUGCGGGUGCGCAGAAGUCGAAUGAAGCCGCCGAAGCACGCAGAAAACUGAAGGAAGACAAGAAGGCGCAGAAGAAGGCCAGCCAGAAGGAGAAGAAGAAGGCCAAGGAAGCCUCCAGGAAAGCGAAGGAGGCUGAGCAACAAUCUAAACAGGACCAGACUUCUGCUGCCGAAGUUGCGCAAGGGUCCAAGCCUGCUUCCGCCAGCGAAAAUGUUGACAACGAAAUCGAGGCCAAGGACAGCGACGAAAGCGACAGCGCUGAGGGAGUAGUUCCCGAGGAGGGACUCUCGCUCGAGUUUGAUGCUGAACAAGAUGAAACCGAGUCCUCUUCUGCAUCAACUCCCAAUUCGUCUGGCUUUGAUGCGUCCAACCCACAGUCCGGCAGCUCUUCCAUCUCCUCUAUCGCCCCCUCGACCGAUGCCUCCAAGACCUCCACCUCCAAUGACCUCAAGCCCCUCAAGCCUACUUCCGAACAGCUGAAGCAACGGCUCCAGAAGCGCCUGGACGAGCUCCGAGCUGCUCGUCACGCCGAUGGACUGAACGGCAAGCCCGCCCGCAAUCGUCAAGAGCUUAUCGAAGCGCGCCGACAAAAAGCCGAGCAGCGCAAAGCGCACAAGAAGGAGUUGCGUCAAAAGGCUCGCGAGGAGGAGCAGCGGCUGAAGGACGAGGCCAUGGCCCGUCGCUUCUCUCCUGGUGGAUCCGGUUCCCUUCUCGCCUCCCCUCGCUCUCCCGCAGAUUCGGUCUCCUCCAGCAACGCCAACUACUCCUUCGGUCGUGUCGUCUUCGGUGAUGGCCAGCACGCCGACCCCACCUUGCAGAGCGUUCGCGAUGGACCCAAGCGACACGCUGCCAACGACCCAGCUGCGGCUCUCAAGGCCGUUGAGGCCAAGAAGGCCCGGCUGGCCUCCAUGGACGACGAGCGGCGCGCCGAUAUCGAGGAGAAGGACAUGUGGCUGAACGCGAAGAAGCGUGCCCACGGCGAGCGAGUCCGCGACGAUACCUCGCUCCUGAAGAAGGCGCUCAAGCGCAAGGAGACGGCCAAGAAGAAGUCCGAGCGUGAGUGGAAGGAGCGCAUCGACGCCGUCAAGCACGGCAAGGAAGUGCGGCAGCAGAAGCGUGAGGAGAACCUCCGCAAGCGUCGCGAGGAGAAGGGCGGCAACAAGGGCAAGAAGAAGCCCGCCGCUGGAGGAGGCAAGAAGAAGGCCAGACCGGGUUUUGAAGGUAGCUUCAAGGCUAAGUCUGGCGGUGGGAAGAAGAAAUAA